GGUAUUCUAGUAUUUAGGAAUUGAAUGUUCUCGAGUAUGUUGUCCCUUGUUGUGAACUGUGAGUUUGAUAAUCAUUUUCUGAGGUAAUAUUAGGCAAAGUAAUAUUUCCAUUUCAGAUUUAGGUUUGAUUUAAGUGUGUUGUUUGCUUUUAUUUUUGUUUUUUAAAAAACAAUAAACUCAGGUUUCAUUGAUAAUUUGUGUGUCCAUACAAGUGCCUUGAAUUGCUCAGGCAAGCACCAAACGCCGGCAACAUGGGGAUCUUAGCGCCUUACAGCAGUUUCUCUUUAACAGUACCAGGCAUAUCAUAUUACGAUGCUACUUCUCUUUUUCUCCCCCUCAGGUUCCGACUAUGAGUGAAAUGAUUGACAUGUGGAAGAAAAAGAAGAUGAAUACUUUUGGAAUUCUUUACAGCUGGUUUCUUGCCAAGGUUGCUCAUAAACUCGAAGUUCUUCCAGGUGCUGAGUUCCGAGUAGCAUAUGAAGAGGCAAUGAGUUAUGGAGGCAAAGUUAUCCUGGGUGACCGUCCUGUUCAUAUUACCUUGAAAAGAACUUGGGGGAAGAUGUCAUUAUGGGCUAGAACAAAAUUUUUGUACAGCAUACUCUUUCAAACAGUAUGUUUACCGAGUACCGAAGAACUAAAUAAGAUGUUGGCGGACAUGGAUAAUGUUGACAUGCUGACUCUUGUAAUUCAAGAGAUGAGCAAGGCGUUCCCAACUCUAAUUGAUACUCUUCUUCAUGAGAGAGAUAUGUACAUGUCCUCUACAUUACUAAAUGUCGCGAGAGAACACUCAUCUGUUGUUGCAGUUGUUGGCAAAGGACAUUUAGCUGGAAUAAAGAAGUACUGGAAACAGCCCGUUGAGAUGAAGCAUCUACUGGAAAUCCCUGUGCGAAGUGCAGGACCAUCAAGAACAACAAUUUUGGUAUCUGUUGGUGUGGCAUUCACUGGAAUAGCUGCUGCCAUUUAUCUUCUCGCCAAGAGAUGAUGCUUCAAAAUUAAGAGAUUUUUUUUUGUUUUAGUUUUUUUUUUUUCAUUUUCAAUUUUAUUAUAAUUAAUUAUAGUGUCUGGUUGAAAUCAGAUUAAUUCUAUCUAAAAUCACUACAGCUUUUAGUUCGUAUUUUUCAAACUAAUUGGUUUCAAACAUUAAAUUUCUGUCUUC